AUGAUCAAUGUGUAUGUGCAUGCUGAUAAAUUGGAUCUUGAGAAUUUACCUAAGGUUAUUUUCAAUGAGUACUGUUUAUUAGUGGGUGAUCUUAAUGCUCGCCAUCAUGAUUUGGGAAGCAGUGGUAGCCAAAACAGAAAUGGUUUUGUGUUAAAUAACAUACUCAACUCAUUGGAAAAUGUCAAAGUCUCGGGGAAUGGCGCACCAACGCACGUGAGAGGUGGCAGAAUUGAUUAUGCGGUACUUUUUAAUACGUUUGAAUGUACAGCUGAUGCGUUAGUUGUUACUGAGCUUGUUAGUGAUCACUUUGCUUUAGAAGUAUCUUUAAGCAUAAACAAGAUGUUUGUCAGUAAAAAAAGGAAGUGCUAUCAUUUAAAACCUGAUAGAAAAUUAGAGUUCAUGAAUAAAGUUGGUGAGUGGUACACACAUUACAAGGAAGUUAAUGGUCAUCAAAACGAUGAAAACAUAUUCUAUGAAGAUUUGCUCACUGUCAUUGAUAGUAUUUUAAAUACUCCUAUAAAAGGUGGCUUCUCCUCAUUUAAAAAGUCUGUAUAUUCAAAUGACAAAAUAGUUCGGGGUUGGGAUAAACUGCUUCGAAAAGCUCAACGUAAUUGGAAUAAGAAUCCAAAUGAUAAUCGGAGGAGAGAAACCUUGAUGCAGAUAGCAGACGGGACAGCAGAGGUAAGAGGGACGGUCAGAAGUAAAUAUUGGGAUAAGUUCUUGGAAGAUAUUUCAUUUACUAAAGAGAUUGGGUCUGUAUGGAAUUUGGUCAAUAAAGUGAGAAAGAAAAGGAAGGAAACCAUGGCUCAUCAUGAUCCGAAUGGGAAAGCGAACCAAUUGGUUAGGAAAUUGUCGGAAGCUGCAAGUAACAGUGGUCUCCCAAACAGUGUUCAGGCCUGCUUACGUAACAGGCGGUACAAACGAAGACAACUCGUGGCUAUAAAUUGUGAGACUUGUUUGCCAUCUACAAAAGAUGAAUUGUUGUUUUAUAUGAAGAAGGGCAAAUCUACCGCUCCUGGUACGGAUGGGAUAACGUACGAAAUUAUAAGCUGUUUAAUUAUGAUGGAGGAUAGUCCUUUGUUAGAUCUAAUUAAUCUUUCAUAUAAAAAUGGCAGGCUCCCUAAGAAAUGGAAAAUAGCUCUUGUUGUACCUAUACUGAAGAGCAACGGAGAAUAUAGGCCUAUUUCACUUACAUCUUGUUUGUGUAAAUUAAUGGAGAGUCUUGUAUUAAAUAGAUUAAUGUAUAUGAUUGGUGACCAAUUAUCCCCGAAUGUGUUUGGUUUUAUAAAGGGGAAAAGUACUUCAGACUGCGUUAUUAAAGCCUUAAGUAAUGCUAAUGUUAAAUGUAGAGCAUUUGUUGACUUAAAAGGAGCUUUUGAUAGAGCUUGCAGUGAUGUUAUUCUAGAAGAACUUGUCAACAAAGGUGUCAGGGGAAUUUUACUGAGGUGGAUUAGGAGUUACUUAACUGAAAGAAGAGCGAAAGUUUGGUUCCAAGGAUCUGAGUCCGAGGAAAUGUUGAUGGAGUUAGGUAUUCCUCAAGGUGGUGUUCUUAGUCCUACCCCUUUUAAUGUUUUGGUGGAUAAAAUUGCGAGGCAUAAUUUUCCUGCUGGUACUGAGAUUAUUGUUUAUGCUGAUGAUAUUUUGAUACAGUGUGUUAGUGAAACCAUUUUAAUAAGAGCUAUGGCAGAAUUACAGAAUUUGUGA